AUGACUGACAUAUCAAAAGACUCCGAAACGCCGGGGUGUAAUAGUUUACUUACUUGGUCUGAAGAUUUAUUGAGCCUUUCAGACUUAUCUGCAGAUUCAGGGCCUUUAAAAGUCGAUUUUGAACAUCCAUGCCCAAGCUUUUUCUACGGACCUGCUACUUUGUCGAGUUUUGGCGCGUCGGAUCACACUGCCUAUCUUGAGGAGCGGAUUGAGCCAUCGAGGCCUAGCAAUCACCUUCCCUUCGCCCCGAUGGUGGAAGAUGGAACGCAUAUUGGUGUCAGGUCACACAGCAGCUUCAACAAUUCCAUGCAUAGAGGUGGUUUCCGAAAUUUUCCAAACAAAAUCAAUCCGAGUGGUGGUAAUUCAGAAGCCCGUUUGAAAAGUGUGGACCAGGAUACUGCCCUCACCGACGAUAGUCGUUUGACGGUGGCUACAGCUGCUGCCUUAGAGCGAUCAGACGGGAAUAAUUUUGCUAGCCUGGCCACGCCAAGAACGCCGACUGAGCACACACCCGGGUCAAUCGAAGCGACGGAUAAGGAUGACCUUACUUCUGGAUCUCCGCUAGGGACGGCUUAUCAUGGUCAAUUUGACGGGCUCCAUUUUGCGCGCUACUUGGCGAAUACACGUUCCAGUACCCUAGAAAGCUUUAGGAAGAUCGCCAGGAUUCCGGAACCUCCCGACGUGGAACUUACACCUGCGAAGUUCCCGGAUGUGACCAAACGUUCAACAUCCUCUCAAACGCUCGUCGGCACUUCAAAAGGCACAAAAUUAGCUCUGAUGCCUGCACAGACCUCUGCAAGGAUAAACCAAUCAGUUUAUGAAACGAUUUAA